AGAAACUGAAGUGUGAUGGGGGGAUUGAAAAUGUUCAAUAUUCGAUAUCGAUUGAAAACGGCAAAGAGAACAAUCGCGUUUGUAGAUGAAUGAAAAAUAUUUUAUCAUUUUGUUGUUUCGUGAAAUCCUUUGAUAAAAGUGAUUUUGUGUUACGUAUUGAUAGUUUGGAUUAAUAAUACGGUGGUGUUGUCGAUGCAUGUUUGGAGUAAUAUGUAGAAAAACAACUGUGACGUCACAUAACAAUCAGCUGAGAAGGCGGCAGGGGGAGGUUGAAGAAGACGAUAGAAGAAAACAAACAAAAUGGGUGGCGCGGUGAGUUCGGGCCGCGACAACAAUGAGUUGAUCGACAAUCUGAUGGGAGGCAAUUACAUUCGAUCAUGGUCCGUGGAGCGUGUUUUCCGAGUGCUGGACCGUGCAGACUACAUGACGCCCGAGGCACGAGACCAGGCGUACAAAGACAUGGCCUGGCGGAACGGCCCACUGCAUAUGUCUGCGCCAUGCAUUUACAGUGAAGUUAUGGAAGGUCUGGAGCUGCGUCCGGGGCUCUCGUUCCUGAACGUAGGCUCGGGCACUGGUUACCUGAGCACGCUGGCCGGGCUGGUGCUUGGCUCCGGCGGGAUCAGCCAUGGCAUAGAGGUCCACCCGAUGGUCGUGGAGUACGCCACCAAGAAGCUGGGACAGUUUAUCGAGAACUCGCCCACGCUGGACGAGUUUGAUUUCUGCGAGCCUAGGUUUUAUUGUGGUAACGGGCUGUGCCUGGCGCCGCUGCAGGCCGCGUACGACCGCGUGUACUGCGGCGCCGGCUGCCCGGAGGAGUACCAGAACUACUUCAAACAACUCAUUAAGGUGGGCGGUGUGCUGGUGAUGCCGCUGAACGACAACCUGAUCCAAGUGCGGCGCAUGAGCGAGAACCUGUGGAAUUCGCGUAACCUGCUGCACGUGUCCUUCGCCUCGCUGCGAAUGCCCACCAAAGAGGAGAGCGCUGACCUGAUCAAGCUGGAAGAGCUGGCGCCGCCGCGGCUGCAGGUGCUGGCGCGCGCGGUGGUGCGCGCGGCGAUGCGGCGCGGGCUGCAGGACAAGCACCCGUCGCUGCGCGCGCCGCCGCCGCGCACGCCGCCCGCGCGCCCCGCCUGCCCGCGCCGCAUCUGCAUCCCCAUCGAGGACGACAGCGACGUCGAAGGUCUUGACGACCUACACGAUCUGGACCCCUCAACAGGCGCCAACGAGAUGAACGCCCUCCUGAGCCUGGUGCUGAGCAUGCGGCAGAACCGCGUCGCCGGCGCACUGCGGUUCGACUCCAUGGCCGCGGUGUCUGACUCAGAGUCCUCCUCCUCGGACGACGAGUCUGGAGGCGGCGGGGAUGGUGACAAUGGCGACGGCGGUGGCGGUAGUGGCGGUAGUGGCGGUAGCGGCCGUGGUAGUGGCGGUGGCGGGGACAACGGUGGCGGUCGCGGCGGCGACGGCAGCGACACGGGCGCCGACGACGCCGGCAGCGCCAUCACCAUCCCGAGCGGCGCGCUGGCGGCGCACAUCCGCUCGCGCCAGCAGGGGCUCGGCGCCGAGCGCACCGGCACGCUCGCGCACUUCUGCCGCGGCAUCCUCACGCUCGAGUACCAGAACGACGACCAGCAGCCGGGACACAGCAGAACUACAUCGACAAGGCCACGCAGCAAGAGGCAGCAGUCGACUGAAACUGUGACACGGAUCAUGAGCACUCGCAACAGGACCGCCACACAGAGCUCUCAAAACGAUGCCACUAGACCCAGGACACAAAUCAGCGCUAUCAGAGCCAGGAUCCGAACUAGAACCGGUACAAUGCCCGUGCUCAGGGCCAGGCCGAUCACCAGGUCUACUCGCUCCAGGACAGCUGCGUCGAGGUCAAGGACCAGGCCGGCGCCCUCAAAGAGUACUGAAAGGAAGCCGAAGGAAACUAAAAACACAAAAAACAAAAGUACUAAAACUAAGGAAAAAGAUGAUUCUGAACGAACAUUGCCCGCCGAAGUGGAGAUCUAUCUUGGUUCUGCCAAAAAAUCUGCCGGAGGUUCUCAAAGCGGCGGUAUGGAGUGGGAGGAAACGGAAUCGAAGAUUUUGUCCAGUGACGAGGAGAGCAAGGAGGUGAAGAGACAGAAGCUGGACAGCGGCAUCGGUGAGGAGACUACUCCCUCGUCGGACUCCUCGCCGGCCAAGACCGAAACCAAGAGCGAGCCAUCCGAGGCCGAAGCUGGGCCAUCUGAUACUAUCACUGUCAUUGGUCGUCGCCGGCUGACGCGCCCCCUGCGCAGCGCGGGCGCGCUGGUGAGCGCGGGCACGAGCACGAGCCCGAGCCCGAGCCCGGCGCGCCGAGUGGCGCCGCGCCGCUCGCGCACGCGCGCGCCGCCGCAGCCGCGCACGCCGCCGGCCGGCCCGGACGCGCGGCGCGUGCGCCUGUCCAUCAUGAUGAAGCGCGGCGUGAAGGAACUGCCGCUGCCCUACGCGCUCAAGAAGUACGUCAACCUGGGCCGCUGCUUCCAGUUCUAAGCGUCAAGAGGCUCGUGUCGGGUGCGUUCGUGUUGCUGUUUUGGCCAACAAGGUUUCUAAAAAAGUUUGUUUAAACAUUAUUAUCAGAACAAACGUACUGGGAUAUACCAUAUUUUGAUGAUAAGUUUAAAUGAUUUAGGGCCGUGAAGUCUCAGUUCUGUGUUUAAUCUCGCGCGAUUUCUAAACACAGAAUCGGUAAUUAUACAUAGCGUAUUAGAUUAAGCUAUUUCAAUUUAGUCACAGUUGUUAUGCACGUUAUGACACUUAAGAACUUAUUGUAUGAAAUGUAUGAACGUUAACACGACGUGGCAACUGUUACAUAACACCAUACGCGACCUUGACAUCUGAUUGGCCGAACAUAUUUAAAAACAAACCCAAUACCAAGACGCACCCACUGCAUCAAAUUAUGAAACAAUUCAAAGGAUCUAGCAUAAUAUACUAGAGUAGGAAUAUAAUUGUCUUACGAAUCCCACGAGUACCAACCUUUUAACUAUAUGCAUAACUACUAUUUAUAUAGUAAAAUGCUAUAUACUUCAUAAGAGGCCUAUGUCCAACAGUGGACUACGUAAAAGUCCAUGUAAAAGAUCUGGCACCAUCCCGGACUCCCGACAUCUCAUUAAAACCGGGUUCACAUAGGAUUUAAAUUAUAUGUAUUCUUCAUAAAUAAUGCACAAAAUUUGAUUAAUGUGUUAUGAGAGAAAAGUCGAAUUUUGCAGCGAAAAUCAUAUAUUCUUCAUUGUUAGUAAUCUUUAUAUUAGUAACAAAAUGAUACAGAUACCUACUGGACUCGGUUUUAAGGCCUUGUCACAACUAUAAUCUGGCCCUUAAAUCUUAGGGCUUGUAUGCCUAAUUUUACUAGCAUUACUUUAUCACUUUCAAGAUAUUUUUGAAUAUAUAUUUAUGUUGCAAUGAAACGCCUUCAAAGCGUGUUUAGGAUUCCUUCAAUUAUGAGAAUGUUGGUGAUAUUAGGGCUUUAAGUCCUUUUACCCGCUGUAUCCGUGUUUACCCAAACAUACAUUAUCCCUAAAAGUCUUGGAUAUCCCUUCUCAUCCCCACUGUCAUUCUUUCCAUGACAUCCCAUGUUUUAAAUCUUUUAUUUUCACUUGACAUUACUGUCCAGCCUUUUAAAUGUUUUUGUUAUCGUGGUGACGUCACAAUGCGUCACUUUAAGUAAUUAUGAAUGGAUUUUUGUUGAUAUUGAUGUGUAUUUGUUGAUUUCUCGUUAUAUUUUAACAAUGAGUUUAUUACGUAAAGAUUUUCAGUUUAAUUGUCACCGCUGACGGAUAGAGUGGACACGCUCGCGACAUUUCAAAAUCAACUUUAUCGACUUUAUGUUGUGAUUGAGUUUAUGAUAUUUGCAUUAUGCAUGAACACAAGAUCUUAAAUGUUGUGUAUUCAAAUUGCAUUUUAGUCGUCAGCGCUGACCACAAUGUUUCGUCCAAUCCGAACGGAUUAGACGAAUCUCUCUCUUAUCUCUAUGCAUAUUUUCUUUAUAUACCAUCAUUUCAUGAUCACUGAUUGCAAGGAUACGAUAAGCCAAGCUGAUCUCGAUUUUGGAAUGACUUAAAAUUGUAAAUAGGAUAGGAUUAUAUAAUGAUAGUCAUCAUUUUUAUAUAAAGGUAGGAUGCGUGUAUCGGCCGGAGUGCGUCGGUCGCUGAUCGCGUCGCCGGCCGGCAAUGUACUGCAACUGUAGUUUAGUCACUUUAUUAUUAAGACUGCAGUGUUGUCGUUUAUUGCAGUGGUUGUUUCGAUGUGAUAUAAGAAGUAAAUUUAAUCCGUUAUAAAUCGAAUACAAUGCAAUGCACAUCUAAUUGUCUCCACAUAAACAUUACUGCGCCUUGAAACACUCUCGGAUCAUGAACGUUUGUCUUCAUACAAAGGUUGUAGUCCUCUCGCCUCGCACGCAUCGUCCAUAGCGUCACAGAGUGAAUGGUUACUAACCGCUAGAUUUGGGCACUCUCCUUCGAUUUAAAUAAUUAGGUCUAAUUAUGUCUUAUGAGGCUCUAUAAAUUUUAGUCGAAAUUCUAAUGACAAAUGAGUGUCCCUUUGCAUAUUCUAAAUAAAAAAGAGGUCUGCUGUAUUUUAGGCAAAGAAAAGAAGUCAUACUGCCAGAUGGGAGACUUUUUAAUUAAUUUUAUGAUAAAGAUUUUUUUAAUAAUUUUAUAGGCUUUCACGCGCUCUAACAUGUUAUGGGACGGAAUACACACUAUGGCGAAUAAUGGGUCUAGUAAAUGCGUAAGUGUCUGUGCUUUUAUAUAACUUGUAUGCGUUGGCCACUAUUCAUCCGAGUAAACAUUGCAACACACGACAACACAUAUAAAAUAAUCAUAUUCAUUAUGAACACUUGCAAUUGAACACCAAUAAUAUUGGCAAUGCGUUAGUGCCAUUUUUAAUAGACGUAAGGUUUAUGGCGAAGGAUUUUAUAUUUAUAGUGGUAGCUUGUGUGUUGGAUUGCAUAUUACUUACGUGUCCAUUAUAGAGUUCAUCUCAUUAGCAUUAGAGGAUUCAGUCGUCUUCUAACGUCGAUGCACAGUGGACAAGUUAUACUGGUAAGUUUGGGAUCUUUAUGUCCAUUACCAUAAUUUUUGAGGUUAUGACUGGCAUUGGUAUUGAGUGCUAAACUUGGUUUCAAUGGACAAUUUCGAAUGCUAUGGGUGGUAUUUAUAGAUGUAACCAGUUUCGCUAUGAAGUGUGAUAUAAGCUUAGAGGCUGUCAAAUUUAAGUCAACAUCUUGUUCACUAAAAAGAGAACAUCUCAAAAGAUAAGUUAAGUUCAAGCAUAUUAUGACUGAUUUGAUUUGUGUUUUGGUUAUAACAGUGCUAUCUUAACUAACAACAGGCGCUUAAGGGGCAGGUCAAGUUGAUACGGGUUUAUUAACAAACCCUAGGCCCUAAGGAUCUUUGAGUAGAGUAUUAAGUAGAAGUUUAAGGUGGUGUACUAUUUAAUAAAAAAAAAAAUAUUGGUCAUUUAAGCACCUGUUUUCAGCUGAGAUGGUGCAGUUUAAUGAACAAAACUCAAUUGCCAAAAUCCGAUUUUAAAAUGUUGACUGUAACUUGACAAAGUCUCGGCUGAUAUUGCACUUCAAAUCAAUACUGAGUAGCAUCUAUUAAUACUGCCCUUAACCUUUUGAGAGGUAAUAAUUUCUGAUGCGCACGCGCAUCACGCCAAGGAUAUUAAGUAAGGUGCAAAUCAAUAUCACGUAGUAUAACAAUAUAAUCUUAACAAUAAGUAGUUCUAUAUCGUAUAACUUUUUACGAGACACUGUUUCGACUUUUAAGGAUUUUUAAAACUUUAGCAUACCGACGUAUACGCAAAUGUUUGAAUAUGUUUCUGAUUAUGGUAAGAUCUUCACUAUAACAUAAAAUAAAUGUGCAAGGGCUUCGGCCUCUCGAUAAAUACCUUUAAAAAGAUUGUACCAGAAUCCAUCGAAAUGAUAUCCAUUGCAUGAUGGUUCAUAAACAGUAGCAACAAUACAAAAUUAUUUAGCACUGUACCAUGCUCGACACCCUGUAAUGGUAAACAGUUACGUUACAAAUCGAUUUGAAUAAACCCAAUCGAUAUAAUAAUUAAGAUAUUAUAUUCAAACAUUAACUUGUAUUCAGCAAUAUUAAUAACUAUCGAUAUCACUCUAGUUUACCCCCUAUCGUAACGUUGCAAGUGUUCGUACUGUGUAAAGCUGGCCGCACACGUCGCGGCGUUGUAGCAACACCGGUGCGUGUGCGGCGAGAUUUAGGAGUGUUCCGUAAAAUGUGUAAUGGAUUUAGAGUUUUUUUUUAAUGUAAAUAAUACUGUCAUUUGUUUUGUUGCAACAAUAGUGAUUAAUUAAAUGAUUUAUUAUGG